GGUCGGGAGCGUGCCGAGUGCGGCUCCCGCUGAGUAUUCCUAUCCAAAACAGUGCACUACCUGUGAUUCCGGUAAUUUGUGCCUCCACGGUGCAAUUGGUACCGAGGAGGGAAAAGCUCUCGUCCAUGUGUUCCUAUUUUUCGGAAUUUUUGAAGUAGCUCGAUGUUCGAGGUCCUGCAUCGAAAGAUGAGAUUGAAGCGCUGCAUCAGCGAAAAUUCCACGAAACUUCAAAGGCUCUAGCAUUUCGGAGUCGCCAAAGUUCAACCGAAGCUAUCAAAUUCCUCCGAGUCAACUCACGAGAGGAAUCUCUCGCAUUUCUUGAAUUCCCAAAUUCAAGGAGAGACGGGAAAAUAUAUACCGUUGCUGUUAGAAAAUCGAAAUAAUCGCCACUCUAUCACGGAAGGACUAUGAAAACACCUUGCAGAUGUAAUCGGGAGUAAUCGAAUAAUUUUUGAAACCACGAUGGCGCCCGAUUACGUGAUAGCGGUUUUCGUGUUCUUUUGCAUUCCCACAGCGAGGGCCAGAUGCAUAACGCGGUGCAGCACCGCUGCCCGGUCCGUUUACUGCUACGAAUGCGAUUCGUGGACGGACUUGAGGUGCAAGGACCCCUUCAACUACACCGCAUUACCGAGGGAUCAACCUCCCCUGAUGACCUGCAACGGAUGUUGCGUAAAAAUGGUGCGCAACGCGAAAUCACCGUUCGAGAGCGUCCGGCGAACCUGCACGUCGCAGCUACAGAUUAACUUAUUCAUGGUGGACCACGUGUGCAUGAUGGAAAGUACCGGCACUGGUCACAUGUGCUUCUGUGAGGAAGAUAUGUGCAAUCGCGUCCCUCCCUCGGCCAGUACGAGUCCUCUCCUCUUCCUGAUCCUGCCCGCGAUCCUGACCCUCCGCUCCAUCCCGAUCAGUCCCAGCUUGCUUCGUAGAUCGCUGCGAUGAACGAGUUCUCACUGACUGUUCACCCCGUAUAUAGAGUCCUCGUAGAUCGUAGGAUCACUGGGAGUCAUUGAUAUGGGACGAUCUACCUUUACCCGUUCACCUAGGAACUUUCAACUCUUCUACGUCGUAGCGUCUCUCGGGGUAGUUUCUUUCUCGAGUUUCCGAAGAUCCCGUCGAAUACCUUAUCGUCGACUGCUUCGACCGCGGCCAUUCGGUUGACAAAAAACAUAUAUAUACGGCGUUCGUGUUCACCGCAAAUUUACGGCUCGAGAGACUAUAAUGGACUUUUCUACGUCGCGCGUUUCUUCGGGCUGACUUUUUCGGGAUUCCCGCUCCGGAUUUGACAGCCAUCUUGUCGGUCGACCCAUCCGACAUGGCUGCCAAAUCCGUUCCCUCGUUCGAAACAAUCGCCGGCUACAAUCACAGCGACUUAUAUCCCGAUACUUCCGGAUUCUUGCUCCACACCCAACCAUGUGUAACGAGCACCUCGGACUCUCUUUGUCUCUCCAAUUAUCUCUCGUAUAUUACACUGACCUCUUUCCCCUGGACCCGACCACUGGAAAUGAUUCGUAGUUAGAAUGCGCUUGGAAGGCGUCCUCACGUGGCGUGUUUUCGGCAUGCCCACCAACUAGACGUGUGCGCUGCUUACGAGCUCCCAAAAUCCGCAACUACCCGAAAAAGAAUUUAGAGAAAGUGAGUACGCGUAUGAAUUUGUAUGACGUACCUGUGGAGAGGAAAUCGAAGCCGACUUUGACGGUGGGGAGGCCGUUUUUUGGAGCCCGUUCGCGGACCACCGAUUAUCGUAGAUAGUUAAUACUUAGAUAGAAGUCGAGGAUGCGCGUGGAAUGGACUUUAUAGGAUCUUAAGGCCCCGGAGCUCGUGAUUAGUCGCUCCGGGGAGAGUGUUUUUAGUUGGCAUUUCAAUUGUUUUUUAGGGUGUCGUCGACCUCCACCGUCUUUCUCGACCGUGUUCGCGAUUGCUCGAUCCGUUGGACGCGUCGGGAAAACCUGGAAAAAAAUACAGACCCGUGGCAAUACUUGGCGGAGUGUUUGGACAGUACAGCUGGCGCCUCGCCGAAAUAGAAAUAGUUUCGAGUGUCUCUGGUAUUCGCUCGUGAUUCCGGAGAAACCAUGAAAAUACGAGCUGAGGAGCUGCAGGGAUAAAAAAACAAAUUCAGAAUUGGCGCGAAGAAAUGAAAUUUCUGUAGCGAUAAUAACAGACAAAUCGGACAAGUAUUGCCGGUGGCGCAUUUUUUUCCGUCGCGGCCAUCCACACUUGAUUUCCACUCUGGCACUGAAUGUCAAUGCUGCAUGUCGGUGCACUUUUCACCCACGAAUGCAACGGAAGGUGAAGUACAAUUAUUUACCGUAGACUUACGCGUUUGCUUGGAAGAUUUGCGAUAGACAUUUCUCCCCGGGCAAGUUUCUGCCAUCGAGCCGAGCUUCGCUGCGGAAGCGAUUGCCGAGAAGUUUGGCACCAGACAACUUUACCGUGAAGAAUAAUCAAGAGGGUGUUUUAUAUGACCUUUUUAAACCAAAAUUCUCGUCCAAGAACCGAGUGAAAUUGUACCGUUGUCCUUUAACGUUUUGCGUUCGAACACUGUACCACCAGCACUGUGUGAGCACUCUGCAUGACUGCAUGCCUGAAUUAGUACUCUACUAGUACACGUUCGCCACCUUUCUUCCACUUUUCCGCUGCUCCUCUAAUUGCCACAAACAGAGAUAAUUAAUUAAUUAAUUAAACAAUCUCGGUCGCAAUAAUUGCAUACGCGAUAAGAAAGGCCGGGGCGCGCUGUACAAUUCAUCGUGAUUGCGAUCGAGAGAAAUAAGAAAAAGUAAAAAAUAACUGAAUUUAUUUAACCGAGUUCAGUUCCGAGUAAAAAAUACAGUAACGAGGGAAAAGUGCCGAUUGUAAAACGAGGUCUUGACACGUUCGUGACAAGGUUACGUAAACUCGCGUGAUACAACUACGCGAGGUGAGUUAAAACUGUUAGCUCGGUCAUGAACAUGUUAAUCCUUCGUUUCACGGUACGUGCUUUGCCCAGCAGUUCGGAGUACUCGUUACGUGCAAGAAUAGUCGAGUAGAAGAUAUAGGAUGAAAUAAUUCAAUCAAAAGGGGGACAAGAUGUACACCGAAAUUCAUGGUAUAAAUGAGUGGCCCACCACUUUGCGAGAAUUUGUGCAAGGCGCUGCAAACUUUAAUUUUGUUUAAUACGGUCUCUUUUUACUUUUUUUUAAAUUAUUUUUGUUCGAGCAAUUAGGGAGAAAAAUAAACCGGCAGAUUAGAGGAGCAGUCGAAAGCAGACCCACCCUCCACCCUGACGAAAGGGGAAGACAAGAUGUACGCACUACGUGGGCCUUCAGAUUGCUUCCUGCACGCGACUCCGAAUAGCGGGCUGAUUUUGCGGGAACAAGCUGAACGCGCAUGUCCUCACAGAAAGGCUUUCUCAAACGGAGCCUUUUGCCAAGCGAAUUUCGCCACUCGCCAAAACUGAACCCGCGAGAUUCCUAUGGCAAGCCAUGCGGCUCGUGCCGCGUCAUUUAUUCAUUGUAGCACGCGCGGCUGCGAGGCCGCCAUUUCGGUACCGUAAUCCCGCUUUCAUGUCGCGAAAAUCUCUAGACGAAACGGGCAGGGCCUAAUGCGAAUCUCUCGAAACGAUGCCAACGUAGAACUCCCCUUAACGUUUCAAACACUGCUACACGAUUUUUAUUUUACCCGAGGCACUUGCGAUCGACGACGCCAUGUCGAGGGUUGGAGGCGACUCCGUUUGAUGGUGGCAUGGACGGUAUUAAAAAAAUGUAAUACCCCUUGUGGUACGGAAAAAUCGAGGUUCUUUCGAAAAGCAAUAAUUUGCGCGACAUAUCAGAGGAUAUGAUUACUGGAUAAGAACUUUCUUUCGAGAGGAAAGGUGUUAAUGUUGAAAGUAACGGACUACUCUAAUGGCGAAGGAUGCAAUUGCAUAAUUUCUUAUUAUUUUACGAAUUGGAAAUCCUAGCGUCUUUAAAUAUGUCGCGAACUACAAAGGAUAUAAUUUACUAGUGGAGUACUUUUGGAGGCAUAUCCCUAUAACGUUUUAUCAAUGCCAACAUCAAGCAAAAGCUUCUUACAAUUUAAUAACUAUUAUUUACAAUAUUAUAGCGCAUACUUUAGCGACUUCUUUUACGCUUGGACUCUCAGUGUACUGUAUUUUAAAUUGCACCGCAGUAAUCAAUCGUCAUUAAUUUUGCAAACUGGAGUGAAAAUAUUACCACUUUAUGAAGUAACCAAGUAACAAAAUAACGUCAGUGAUAUUACAAAAUAAUACCUGAGUUAAGUAGUACCUACUUAGAAGGCAUCUUUAAUCUUAAUUAAUUUCAAUGUACCCCCUUCUUCCGCAAAUCUGGGAAAAUUAUUCGCUGCCCUUAUGCAGUAAUUUUUUAUCUAAGAAAAUCUAGUCUCUUUCGCAACAUCGUCGGAAACCUUUGCAAAGGCGAACCUUGGUGGAGCAACCCGAGAGGCGCGAAUCGUCCGUGGUCUCGCAAUUGCGAAAACUAUCUUUUAAUUAAGACCUCAUUGCUCUAGAUGUAAAGUUAGGUAGAACGACACUUUGUCGGGGCGAAAAUGUAUAGAACGGAAAAAUUUUCAAUCCUUGCUUGAGCCGGGCGAUUUGUCAAUUUUUUUUCUCGCUCGGCACCGGACCGACUCGAUCCGACUAGGGUAAUGGCACAAUAAUUAUUGCUAUUCUCGAUACAUAAUAUAUAAAUAUAUAUAUGUACAUACAUGUAUACACGUGUAUACAAGAUGAUAUACGACCGUUGAUAUUGAUAAAAGUUUCUAGAACGAUCGGAGAGAGUGUAUCGCGCGUUUUGGCGCGUUCUCUCAUUUUUUUUUUCGAAUUCCGCGGAUUUUCCCAGGCUUCGAAAAAUCAGACUUUCAGAUGCAUCGCAUUUUCCCAAAACUUCUCGCACUAUCUCACCUGGAGACGUUUUGCGAUUUUUAUUGCAGGACCUUUUAAAUUAUUUACUACACUGGGGGAGGGAGUAGAAUUUUGUGAUAACGUGUUUGAUUUCACGGCCUUACUAGUUAAGUCUUGCGGGCUUUUAGAGAAAUGAGAAUUCUGGGAAGAGCUUUGGAAUUCCACAUUCGAAGUUUUGGUGCCUAGAUAUUAGCGAGCGACGCUUUGCGCGGAUAGGUUGAAAUUCCUUUGCGAAAAAGGCCGAGGUUCGUAGACGGUGCCAUUCUAGAUUUUUCAAUUUUUAAAUUUUAAAUGACGAGAAUUUUUAUUUUCAAGAUUCCUGUCACUUGGAAUUAAAUUUAGGAUGGAAGUAUGUAGUGAAAUAUAAUCUGAUUGAAAAUUAGUCUGGCAGCGUUUUGGACCUUUCGCUCAUAAUUCGAGACGAGUGGCCGCACGGAUUCGACUUCGCUAGACUCAAAAUCGUGAGAUGUCACUAGCUAGUAAGGAAUUGCGAAUUGUUUGCGUUGAACGCGAAUAAAAAACCGACGUUAUCUCCUGCGUGGUGGAUCCACUGCGAGAAGACUGACGAAAAGGAACGAAGCACGCGACGCUGACGCGUAGAGCAUUUAAUCAUGUCAUAUCAUUGAUCGAAAUAAAAUUUAUAUAUCACCCCUUACUCAAA